AUGGAGCGGCCAGACCGACACGCCGGCUCGUCAGUCGGUUCUACAUCACAGGCUUCAAUUCCAAGAAGCUUGCCCGAGAACCACACAUCUGGACGACGUCCAGUGCCAAACUCAGCUGCCACCUCCAACGGCCCGCCACCACCACCUCCUAUUCCCAGCCUGCGCAGUGUUCCCUCCAGUUCAUCUCUUUUUGCCGCUGGUAUGUCGGCAGCUCAGGUCAUUAGUCUCGCGCGCGAGGCGAUGCAAAAUGCAAUCGAAACAGAGAGCCAAGCUGCCGAUCCAGGUGCUGUUGGCACAGGACUCAGAACCGGAGUUACCAUUGACCUAAGCCGCAAAGGCAUCCAGAAACUACCAGACGAGGUCGUCGACAUUGUUAAGGGUGAAUUGGAACGAUCUGCUUCCUCAGGUGCAUCCACAGCAUCACGGCCUGAUGCCGAUACUUAUACAGUCUCCAGACUGGCAUUGUCUCACAACCAACUGACGACACUCCCGGCUCGCUUCUCAGAAUGUACAUCAUUGCGAUAUCUUAACAUCCGAGGCAACCAGAUCAAAGAAUUUCCUAUGCCUUUGUGUGACUUGAAAUCUUUGGAAAUCCUUGACCUCGGCCGAAACCAACUUCGAAUUCUCCCUGCAGAUAUUGCGAGACUCUCAUCACUGAAAGUGCUAUCAAUUCCCAAGAACCAAAUACGGGAGCUCCCCCUUUGCAUUGCCGACAUGGGGUCGCUCCAAGUGAUCAAGUUUGAGGGUAACCCUAUUAACUUUCCACCUCGAGACGCGAUACAAGUGCAAGCCGCGAGCCCCCCACAUGAGGGCGUUCAAAAAGAUAACGAAGUGACGGAGGUGGCGGUGACGUUACAGAUCAAACGUUAUCUUAAGCAACAUAUGAACGGCCGGUCAGAGUCCGACAACACAGGAGAUGAAUCGAGUGAAGGUGCAGAAACCCCACGAUAUCCCCUGAAGAGAGUUGCAAGCGGACGGUUCCCUGUCAAAGUAAGUGGUGCCGACUUGCCUGAUAUCCGAUCUCCCAACCUUGGGUCACGCGCGCCCCCAAUACCAUCACGGUCACAUUACCGUGGGCUUUCCCAGCAAAACAGCGCCUUUCGACGACCUGGAGUCAUGCCUUUGACAAUCGGAAAUGUCAAUGAGCGUGUACGAAGUAAUUCCGAAAGCUUACUUAGAGCGGAGCGGUCAGAAAGUCGUAGUAGACGCAUGGGAAUUGUCUCUAGAAAGCCCUCCGACCUCGGUACGCUAGAUGAGAUGCAAGUCAACAACCGAUUUAGCCACUAUCGUGGUUUGAGCCACGGCUCUGCCAUGCAAGGAAACCAGGCAACAACCAAGAGCCCUGCAACACCAACAGAGCCAUACCUCGCACGGCCGAUUUACGUGAGACGUCUUUCAGUUCUCCCCGAACGAAGGCGAGAAUCGAAAGUGUACGACCCAGUUAUUGAAGGCGCUAAAGGGAUCCUAUACUCUGUCUUUCAGAUUCAUCCAAUGAUCCAGAUGUUGAUGAGCUUGACCAGCGACGGAUCCGCCAAACGAUCCAGUCUCGAGAUCGUAUUUUACAAUACCAACUCUCAUGUUGAGGAAUUGGAACAGGAGAUUCAGAAGCACGAGAACGCCUUUGCUGAGAUUGACGAUCAUUCCCAGCGAGAAAACGAGAACGUGCAGCGGGCUUGCCAGACUCUGGUCAGCGCAUACGGUCACGUAUGUACCCUACUGGCGGACAAUAUUGAUACGUUUGUCAACAAUGGAGAUGCUCGAUACAUUCGGACGCUCCUGAUGUCGCUCUACAAUAGUAUAAUGGAACUUCGCGUGACACUGUCAUCUGUCAGCGCUGAGGACGGCCGGCGACAAGCAGCUUCCAAGGGUGAUCAAACGGGCCAGCGCACUAUCAAAGCACACGCACGAGAGCCGUCCGUCACUCCGACUGUUGGUAGGCCAACUGGAGCUCGCAAUCGCAAUGGCACGCUGGUCAACCCUCCAGUCAAUCUGCGUGUCAGUACCGAUGUUCCAGUACAUACGCCUCUUUCCGCAACAUAUCUCAACGGCAACGGGCGCACUGCCACCCUCUCCUCGGCCACCCCUCGCUCAGGGGAGUCUUUCUCGUCCAUUGGUAGUCGUGGGAUGCCUUCCGAGUUCACGGAAGAGGACCGACAGUUCGAAAGAAUCUUCCUCUCUCUGCAAAGAUCAACCGAUCUCGUCAUGGGAACACUGCCAAGUUUCCAGGCACAACUGGCGGGUGGUUUACGAAAUGCUAUGUACCAACGGACUCCAGAAAGUGUAAUUCAGCAUUGGAAAGCGUUGAUUUCCAUGUGUGGUCAGGUCAUUCAGCAGACUGAGAUCCUCAAGCACAGAUUAUCCCUUAUCAAGCUCAAGGAGCCAGGAGUUCGAAGCCAGGCCAGUUUCUGGAGUCUUUGCAGUAACUUCAGUCACUCCUGGGCGGAUAUGGUCUCCCAGAUCAAGUACGGACCUAAUAGUGUACCGCUUCCACCUGAUACCAGGGCACGCCUGCGACCUAUUCAACAGAGUAUCAAAGAGACAAGCAACAUUAUCUUCAAGUCGCCUUGGCACUAUCUCUUCCACCAGUCUGGCUCUAUGAAUGGGCAGUCCCCAUACCCUCGUGGUAUGUCACCAACUCAAGUCCCAAUCACGCCGCAAAGCGCCGCCUUGGGCCCUGCAAUGCAGGCGACAGUUCCCUUGACACCGCAGAAUAGUGCUUUCGCGGCAGCAUUUCAUGGUAACGUCUUUGACCGGGCCGAUGCCCUCAUGGCUAACCCAGGCAUUUCCAUGGGACGCAAUGGAGCGUUUGGCAAGGGCCAUAUGGGAUUCAGCUCACUGUCUUCCCUGUCUUCCAUGUCCUCAGACGAGGGGAUACUUCCCACUCACGGGCCACUCGGGCCAGUGCCCCUUCGCCUUAACGGGAGCAAGGUUGCAUUUUAG